UCAAGAAAGCUCCAUACACACUGCCGCACGUUCAGUACACAGCAAAAUGGCGGAACCCAAAACGAAGUACGAUCGUCAGCUCAGAAUAUGGGGUGAGCAAGGACAGGCUGCACUUGAGAGAUCUAGUAUAUGCUUGUUGAAUUGUGGGCCAACAGGUUCAGAAACAUUGAAAAAUCUUGUUCUUGGUGGGGUUGGAAGUAUCACCAUUGUCGAUGGCUCAAAAGUUGAAGUGGGUGACCUUGGGAAUAACUUCAUGGUGGACGAAUCAUGUGUGGGACAAUCGAAGGCCAAAUGUGUGUGUUCAUUUCUUCAGGAGCUAAAUGAUGCCGUUAAAGCCAAGUUUAUUGAAGAGUAUCCCCAGGCAUUGAUUGAGUCAAAUCCAUCAUUCUUCUCACAGUUCACUCUGGUAGUGGGCACACAGCUGGUUGAAGAUUCAAUGGUGAAAUUGGACAGAAUCUGUCGAGAUGCAAAUGUUGCUCUGGUAUUUGCACGCUCAUAUGGUCUAACAGGUUUUAUUCGGAUCAGUGUGAAGGAGCAUACUGUGAUUGAGUCAAAGCCUGAUCACUUUUUGGAUGAUCUCCGGCUAAAUAACCCAUGGCCAGAGCUCAGAAGUUUUGCAGACACUAUUGAUUUGAACACAUCUGAUCCAGUCGUCCAUAAGCACACCCCUUACGUCAUCAUUCUCGUUAAGAUGGCAGAAGAGUGGGCAAAAAGUCAUGGUGGAUGCCUUCCAUCAACUAGAGAUGAGAAGAAACAAUUCAAGGACCUAAUUAAAGCCAGGAUGAUUGCAAUUGAUGAGGACAAUUAUAAAGAGGCAAUGGAAGCUUCAUUUAAAGUCUAUGCUCCUAGAGGAAUCAGUUCAGAGUUAGAGAAGAUAAUUAAUGAUGGUAGUGCUGAAGUUGGUUCAAGUUCAUCAGAGUUUUGGGUGACUGUGGCAGCUCUAAAGGAUUUCAUUGACAAUGAAGGGAAUGGGGAGGCACCUCUUGAGGGUUCAAUACCGGAUAUGACAUCAUCCACUGAGUUGUAUGUAAAUUUGCAGAAGAUUUACCAAGCAAAGGCUGUGGCAGAUUUUAUUGCUGUGGAGCAAAAAGUCAGGCAUAUCCUGAAAAUAAUUGGUAGAGAUCCAUAUAGCAUCUCAAAUGCUUACAUAAAAAGCUUCUGUAAAAAUGCAAGGAAACUCCGAGUUUGUAGGUAUCGGCCCAUUGAGGAUGAGUUCAACACCCCAGUCCAAGCAGAAUUACAGAAGUGUCUGACUGAUGAAGACUACAGUAACUGAGGGGGUUGAAGACCAAGAAGUGAAAGGGGGGAAAAGAAAAGAAAAACUGACCUUUGUUAAAGGACUGCUCUCAGGUUCAUAAAUUACAUUUGGGAUGCUUGAUCUAGAUAACAUUUCAGGAAAAGUAGUCCUAUUCUAUAGUAAAAGUGACUUCAGAGCUGGGUCUGACAUUGGUAUGCAUGUUUUAUCUAUUUGACUAGCUACUAAUGUGAAGUUUU